AUGUUUCAGAAAGUGUUCAAUGUCAAACUCCAUCUCCUCAAUCUCGUUUCUUAUUUUCUGUUCUUCAUCGGUGGUUUCACCCUUGGAGUAUUACUCACCUCAUCAUAUCUAAGAAACACUUCAUUAACUUUACAAACAGACCAAUUCUCCGUUGCUAAAUCCUAUCUGAGUCAUGUUCCUACAGGACUAAAAGCAUAUCUGGAGCCGCCUAAUGUUAUGCACGACAUGAACGAUGAAGAAUUGCUAUGGAGAGCUUCAAUGGCUCCUCGGAUUCCAUUCCAUCGAGUCCCAAAAGUUGCGUUCAUGUUCUUGACAAAGGGGCCUGUACAUUUGGCCCCUUUGUGGGAGAAGUUCUUCAAAGGGCAUCAGGGCUUGUAUUCGAUCUAUGUUCACCCAGAUCCAUCUUACAAUGCAUCAUCAUCACACCCAGAAAGUCCUAUUUUUCAAGGCAGAAGAAUUCCUAGUCAGAUAGUAAAAUGGGCACAGGUGAAUGUGAUUGAGGCCGAGAGGCGCCUAAUUGCGAAUGCUCUUCUUGAUAUCUCAAACCUUCGCUUUGUUCUCCUCUCAGAAGCAUGCAUUCCCCUCUACAACUUCUCUACUAUCUACUCUUACCUCCUAAACUCCCAAGAAAUUUUUGUGGAGGUCUUUGAUGAUCCAAGUUCAGUUGGCCGCGGCCGAUAUAAUUCAAGUUACUACCCAAUGAUCACAUUGGAUCAGUGGAGAAAAGGGUCACAGUGGGUUGAGAUUGAUAGAGACAUUGCCACUGAAGUUAUCUCGGACCGGACAUACUUUCCAGCCUUCCGGUUAGGCAACCGCUCUUGUUUUGCAGAUGAACAUUACUUGCCUACAUUUGUGAACCAAAAAUUUUCGGCAAAGAAUUCAAACAGAAGUCUCACCUGGGUUGAUUGGUCUACACAUGGCCCUCACCCUGUCGAGUACAAUAGCACAACGGCUGAGCUUCUGGAUAUCCUGCGCAAUGGUAAUGGUACCAGAUGCUUAUAUAAUCAAAGGACAAGCAAUAUAUGUUUCUUAUUUGCUAGGAAGUUCCUGCCUCCUGCUUUACAUAGCCUUCUCAGGCUUGCCCCAAAGAUCAUGCAUUUCAACACAGAUUCCUAA